AUGUGGAGGGUCCAUGGCAUCAAAGAGAUUGAAAACCCUGCAUUUCAUUUCUGUUCUCUGAACUCAGACUACUGUUUAUAUAACCGCUGGGUUGUUUGUCCAGGUUACACUGAUCUCCGACUGGUUAAUGGUUCAGACUCUUGUUCUGGAAGAGUGGAGCUUCAGUAUCUCAGUAAAUGGGGCACAGUGUGUGAUGCAUGCUGGGAUAUGAGAGCUGCCAGUGUCCUCUGUAAACAGCUGAAUUGUGGGAUUGCUGUGUCUGUUGUGGGAUCAGACUGGUUUGGAGAGGGAAGUGGUGAAAUCUGGGCUGAUGUGUUUGAUUGUGACGGGAAUGAAACAAAACUCUCCGAAUGUUCAAUCUCUUCAUGGAGUCGAGCUGAACGUUCUCAUAGACGAGAUGUUGGAGUCAUCUGCUCUAGUAGUGAAGCUCAUCUGGGGAACUGCAGCUCUCAAGAAACUCUCAACUGCAGCUCCACACAACAGCUGUCGAUCACGAACUUUGGCCGCGGGUCCAUCAGGCUGGUGGGUUCUGGGGGAGACUGUGCAGGGAGGCUGGAGGUUUUUCACAGCGGCUCAUGGGGGACAGUGUGUGACGACUCCUGGGAUAUUAAAGAUGCCCAUGUGGUGUGCAGACAGCUGCAGUGUGGAGUGGCCCUCAGUAACCAGCAGGUACCAGCCUGGUUUGGUCCUGGUUCUGGACCCAUAUGGCUGGAUGAGGUGGAGUGUGAGGGGAAUGAGACGUCCCUGUGGAGCUGCUCUUCUCCAGGCUGGGGAAAACAUGACUGCGUACACAAGGAGGAUGUUGGAGUCGUCUGCUCUGAGUUUAAAGAGAUCAGGUUAACUGAAGGUUGUAAAGGGAAUCUGGAGGUUUUCUACAAUGGAUCCUGGGGAAAUGUGUGUUACAACAAGAUGGACAGAGACACAGCGAGUCUGAUCUGUCAAGAGCUGAACUGUGGAAGAUCUGCCAGUGAACCCAGUCAUUCAAAAGGACUAAAGUCUCAUAAUUGGCUCGAUAAACUUCAAUGUCGAAGAUAUGAUUCCUCUUUAUGGCAGUGUCCAUCUGCAGCCUGGGGACAGAACGACUGUGAUAAUGAAGUGGCCGAUAUCACCUGCUCAAAUGAUCAGACCCUUGAGUCUCCUCGAAGUCUUCUGACAUGUUCCACCUCACCAUCUUCACACCAGAGAAAGUGUUCAACUCAUUUUCCUCUCAGACUGGAAAAAGGUCGUGGAGGGGACGGCCGGUGCUCUGGGAGGCUGGAGGUGUAUCAUGACGGUGUGUGGGGCUCAGUCUGUGAUGAUCUCUGGGACAUCAGCGAUGCUCAGGUGGUCUGCAGGCAGCUGGGUUGUGGACCAGCACUGAGGGCUGAUAGGAAUUCAGCCUUUGGUGCUGGUGAAGGUGUUGUGUGGCUGAACAGAGUCCAGUGCAGAGGGAAUGAGCUUCACCUGUGGGACUGUCCUCUCUCCCUGAACAACCACACUGACUGCUCCCACAAAGAGCACGCUGGACUCACCUGUGCAGACUUUCCGGAUAUAUCAGUGUCCACUACUCCUGCCACAUCAGCAUCAUCUUCUGCUGCAGUUUCUCAGACAGUGAGCUCAACAUCAGUCUCUCCUCCACAAACUCGUCCAGAAACUCUCCCAGUCCCCCCAGUGCUGCUGAUUGUACUGGGAGUUGUGCUCUUACUGCUCUUAGUGCCGCUGCUAAUCCUGAUUCAGCAGAACAGAGUGAUGAGGAGAGCUCUCUCUAAGAGGAGACACAGGACCACCACUGAGGCCGUUUAUGAGGAGAUCCAGCACAAACACAAACACUUCACACACAGGGAGAGUCUCAUCUCUGAAGAGCUGCAUUCUGGAUAUGAAGAUGCUGAUGAUCUUCUCUCAGAAAAAGAGUUCAGAACUGCAUAUUAUGAUGACGUCACCAGUACCAGUAGCCUAAAAGAAGAGAAGAUGAAGGAAAAUACACUGGGAUACUAUGAUGAUGUCAUCACUGAUGGACUGAAACCAGAUUAUGAGACAGAAAACACAGCUGAGAGCUAUGAUGAUGUCAUGACCAGUGAACAGAGCUCUAUUAAAAAAGUGAACACAGCAGAGAGUUAUGAUGAUGUCAUCAUUAAUGGACAGAAUGUAACAGAGGGAGAUCAGGAGGAAUAUGAUGAUGUGAGUGAAGAUGUGAGAAACCUGCUGGAUUAUGAUGAUGUGGACGACGAGACAAACGAAGAGGGAGAGACGUUUGGGUCAACAAUCAAACCCAGUUAUUUGGUUCAACAAAUCUGAUCACUCAGAACUCAAGAGUAAUAUUGGUUUUGAUA